CAGAGCCCUUGAGGAGGGUCAGAGCUGCUCUCGCCCCAUGGUGCAGCGCCUGUGCUGCCUUCACCCAGCAAAGCCCUGGGGAACGGAGGCAGAGUGCUCCCACAAUCUGCCCGCUAACUUCCCUGAUGCUCUCACUGCACAAACCUGUCAUAUUUAAAAGAAAACUCACUGCCAGCCAGAGUGGGAUAUUUUAGACUCCAGCUAUGAAGAGGAUGGGAGAGAUCACAAAGGAUUUACAGCAUUAAGGAAAAAAGCAUGAACACAAGUGAAGACUUAACCCAGCCUGCCGCCUGGCAAAACACUGAGGCUGAUUUCCCCAGCUGCCCUGAUGUGGAAGCCUUUCUGAAGACUUUGUAUCUCCCCAUUAUGUAUGGCAUCAUCUUCCUGGUGGGCUUCCCAGGAAAUGUCAUUGCCAUUUGUGUUUACAGUUUCAAAAUGAGGCCUUGGAAGAGCAGCACUAUCAUCAUGCUGAACCUGGCCCUCACAGAUCUGCUCUACUUAACCAGCCUUCCCUUCCUGAUACACUACUAUGCCAGCAGGGAGCACUGGAUCUUUGGCGAAUUCAUGUGCAAGUUCGUCCGCUUUGGUUUCCAUUUUAACUUGUACAGCAGUAUCCUCUUCCUGACCUGCUUCAGCAUCUUCCGGUACUUGGUGAUUGUCCACCCUAUGAAAUUCUUCCACGUCCAGAAGAAACGGUGGGCUGUAGUGGCUUGCUCUGCAGUUUGGGUGAUCUCACUGGCAGCUGUCAGUCCUGUCAACUUCUUGAUCUCCUCAAAAGUGGAGCAAAACAGAUUUUUAUGCCUCGACCUCACCAGCUCUGAAAAUCUUGGUACCAUCAGAUGGUAUAACUGGCUUCUGACUGGACUGGCCUUUUUCUUGCCCUUGCUGACGGUGACUCUGUGCUAUGCGCUCAUUAUUAACACCUUGGCUACGGGGCCCCACACGCAGGCUUGCUAUAAACAAAAGGCCCGCAGACUUGCUGUUAUCCUGUUGGUGGUCUUUUAUGUGUGCUUCCUCCCCUUCCACGUCUUUCGGGCAGCUCGGAUUGACCUACGAUUGUGUCCAGCCAAUUGUCACAUAGAGAAGCAAAUCCACUCUGCCUAUAUCAUCUCUAGGCCACUGGCUGCACUCAACACAUGUGGUAACCUAUUACUUUAUGUCGUGACUGGAGGUAACUUCCAGCAAGCCGUCCUCUCUCUUUUAAGGUGUAAGUGGAGCAGAUAUGUUCAGCAGGCUGGGAGCAACAGUGAUGUGAACAAGUUGGGCAUCACAUUAAAGUUAUGAAAGAAUCCCUUCAAGAAAAUUACUGCA